AUGACACAGACCCAGGAAGACUCGCACGAUUUGGAUUCAAAGUUAUCGGGUCCUGUUCCAAUUGUUGUGGCCACAGAAACCCACACCUUUAAGCUCGCCGAGAAGGCUUUGGAAGAUAUCUUGCUCGAUGAAAGUGUUAGAGACAAGAAGGUCGCUGUAGUAUCCGUUGCCGGUGCAUUCAGGAAAGGAAAAUCGUUUUUACUGGAUUUCUUUCUCCGGUAUUUAGACAGAGAGGUACGCAGUCUGUGAUUCAUGUACGUGUUUUGGCAAAUUUUUGUACAUUUUAGUCGGUGACAACUUCAUCAAACAUCAGAAUAAAUGGCUAACAUAACAGUGGCUGAUACACAGCAUUGAAAAGUUAUUUCUUGGUUGAUAUAGGCUUAAUAUAAAACCAGAGAAAUCGGAGAUUUAAUGCGUUUCCCAAAAUUUGAAUUAUUUAGUGUAGGAAACGCCGUUUGUGUUGAUACAGGUGGAAAACAAAGGAGUCUUUCAACGCGUUUUCGAGACAAUUUACUUUGGUUUGUUUCAUGAAAAUGCCUUUAGAAGGAUUCGCUUUGUUUAUGUCAGAUAUCAUAUCUUUUACAUGUGUGUAAAACUUUAUUUAUUGAUUAUUAGAGUAAUCUAUAUUAGAUCCCUAGCAAUUUAGUUAUGCUUACUUUGUUAAGUUUGUGCAAGCAAGGUCUGUGUAGCUGUACAUGAAUUUCCUUUUGGGGGAAAUUUUUUUUCAUUUUAGUUUCAUGUUAUACCAUACUAAGCUGAAAUGAAAUAAGACACCACUUGUUGAAGGAUUAAUGAGGUUAAUAAUACUAUUUUACAUGUACAGUCAAGCUUGCACAGAUAUUUAAGAUUAAUUUAGUCAUGAUACUCUGUAUGUCAAUGUGUACUUUGUACUGUCUAAAAGACAUUUACCUGCACAUGAAAUUUCAUCAGCAAUAGAUUACAAUACUUACAGACAAGGAGGUAAAAUAACCUAAGCCUGUAUUUCCAAGGAAUGGUAGGGAAGAAGGAGAAAAAUAAAGCAUGCUUCUUUGGUUUUCCAUUUUCUCAAUUUUGAGGUGUACUUAAGUGUGUGUUAACCCUUUAACUCCCAUGAGUGACCAAGACAGAAUUUCUCCCUACAAUAUGGAUACAAUAUCAACCAGAUAAGUGAUAAGAAUAAAGAAAAAUAUAAAUUUGGGGUUAAUUAGUUGUUCCAAUACUAAAUUCACUGAACUAACAUCAUAAGAAUUGUAUGUUUGACAGUAAGGAGAGUUAGAAAUUUGAUCUGGGAGUUAAAGGGUAGUUAAGGGGGGAAAGAUUACAUUUAGUCUACAGAGCCAAAAAACUGUGGUCAUAACUAGAUCUUUUUGGUUCAAGGCACCAUGUUUAAUUCUUUCAAUUCUUCAUUUAAAUGAACUAUUUUGGUGGCUCGCUGUAGUUGACACAGUUUAAUUGUAGUAGUUAAUCUUAGACAUUAACAUCUCUUUGGUUAAUUAGGGAGCUCAAGAUUGGAUUGGAGGAGAGAAUGAAGCCUUGAAGGGUUUUUCUUGGAAAGGGGGGUCUGAGCGUGAUACCACUGGCAUCCUUCUGUGGAGUAAGCCAUAUAUAAAAAAGCUCCCCAACGGAGAAGAGGUUUGUUGGAAAUGCUUAUUUUUAUCCCUUGCCUGUAAAGAUCUGAGAGUCACUUUUCCUUGCUAAUGCCUUUGGUUUGUCUGUCUUUGAGCAUUAGAAAAGUUGUUCUCAUCAUAUUAAUGCAGAGUUUCCACUAGUUUUGAUAAUUAAGGGUCCUUGGGACCCCCAGUUCCAAAAAGUUGGGGUCCUUUUAGCAUUUUAGGGGUCCCCUGCCUUUAACAUAAAUUUGAUUUUAUAGUUUUUAACAGUGAAGUAAAAUGAAGACUAGGUGGUGACACAAUUAAUAAAGCUUUAAUUUUGGAAUAGUGUGCUUGUGUUUCUUAAUACCAACAGUUCUUGUAUUAGUUUUCUAGUAAGAGUCUCACCUUGUCUUAGUUUACAAUAUAUGCUUAGGGUUAGGGAUAAAUAAUAAUUUUAAUAAUUAUAAUAAUUAUAAUUAAAUGUAGUAAUGAUGUAACAAAUACAUGUGACAUACAUAUCAAGUCACACUCAAGUGUCUUUCUACUGUUUUACUUUUUUCUUUUAUUCAUUUCAUAGAAUUUCUUUGUUGCACUAUCACAAACACUUUCCUCGUAGGUCUACAUGUGUUUUGGAUGCAUAAGGAACAUACAUCUUACAUUCAACUGCACUUGGGAACAUUUUAUUUCUCAAAGCCUCAUGAAUGUGAUUUUGUGCCAAAAACCCUCUUUCACAAAGCACAGAAGUAAGAUAAUUGUUUGAAAAACUUGUGCUAGGGUUACAAAUGAAGGGAAUAUGUCUUUGUAAACACCUGGCUUUGCAAGAAUUCCAUUCACACAGUUCAUGAGGUUUGUCCUUGUUACUAUUAAGAAAGUGCUUAAACUGGAUAAAUGAAUUUGCUUUAUCAGCAUCAGUUAGACUCUCUUCUUCAGAUGUAUUGGUAUAUCCCUCAGUUAGUCUUUCUAGAUUCUUGGUACCAUGAUUUCAAAUUCCAGCUGCUAUGCUGUGUAAUUUGGCAGGGUUGAGAAUGGGAUUGAAAUCUUUAAGUACUUGCACAUCUUUUUCAGGAAAUCUCUGUUUUACUUUUGCAAUGCUGUUGUCAAUGAAAUUGUCCUUGAUUCCAUUGAAACAAUUUUUUGUGCCAGAUUGAAGUCUUUGGUUCCUUUGUGUUCACAAUCAUUUGUGUCCAUGUGGGACAGCAGCUCCUCCAAAUGCUCACCAGGAUUUUCUUUUAUGUCUUUGAUUGUGACACAGUUGCUACUAGCAUUGAUUGCAUUUGAUCAAUGUCAAUCAUGUCCUUGUGAAAGACUUUGCUGCAUUUACUGAUAACACCAAGUACAUCAAGAAGGAAGCAAGUAGUUUCGAGUGGACUACCUGUCUCUUAAAUGAAAUCAAUAGUCUUAACUAACCUGAAAAUCAAUCAGGGCAUUGAAUUUCUUGUCAGGAAUUUCCUCUUUUCCCAUGACAGAAGCUGUUCUUACUUGAGCCUUCAAUGCUGUGCUUGCCUUCUCUUAAACAUGAUGCACAACAGUCUCAUGAGAUCUUCUCUGUUUGAUGAUAUUCAUGGGUAGGAUGUGGUAAUUACCAGACUGAUGUUGUGUCAGACUUGAGCACUGAAAAUUAUUUGCUUCAUGCACAAAACUUUGUAAUUGUUUAGGUUGACAGCCAUAUGCAGACAAACUUUAUACUUUUUUUUUUUAGGACCAUCUAAGACAAAAUUUGUGUUUCUUCCCUUAGGUAUCAUCCCCAGAACUGUAUCACUUUCAGGUUUCCUCUUUUGAGUAUCAAAUAUAUUGAAUAAACUCUUUUGAGUAGACAUGCCUUUGACUGUGACAAAAUGGCAGGUCAAAGGAAAUGUGAUGAUGAUCACAGUGAUUUUUGGGUAGGGCCUGCCACACCCAGUCUCCUAACUAGCUGGAACUUUUUUCCUUCAUUCGAAGGACACACAUUAGCAAAUACUGUGCAUCCUUUUCAUUUUUUGUGUGUAUAAAAUGCACAUCUGUGCAUUGAUGGGAACUCUGUUAAUGAUGGAUUCUGUAACAGGUGAAGCAUUCUCCUUUAUUUGUAUCAACUUUUUACUUGACUUUGCAUCAACAAUGGUUCAUUUGUGUUUCACAAGAUUUCAUAUCUUACUUUUCUCUUCAGCUUAAGAUGUCGCUUAGAAUUAAACACAGAGUGAGUGUGAAGCUCAGUACUCAAAACCAGUUUUCAUCAUCUGAUUAAACCUCUAGAAAACUCUGUGUUCUUACUGAUCUUCACAUUGUGGAACAAACCAUAACCAAUUCUGUCUUUGUGUUUUGAUCAAGUGCAGUUGGAUAAUUUGUUAGUAUUAUUUUUUCUUGGGAUAACUACUGUUUAGUGUUUUGUGGCACAUCAAAAGGUUGGAAUACAAACCGAAAAAAUACUUUGCAAGCAGCUCACUUGGGCUCUUUGGUGGAGGUUUCAAAAUCAUUUUAUCAUUUGCUCUGUUCUCAUUUUGAUCAUGUUUUUCUCUUGGACAUUUAUUGCAAUCUGUUGAAUGUUUCUGUUAAGGGAAAUAUUUAAUGAAAAUACUUUCCUCAUGGAUAGAUUUUUUACUAAUCAGCCUUAAAAAAUCAGAUUAAGUGUGAGGGAAACUGCUGGAAGUUUAGUAUGUACUUAUUAAUUGAGUGUGUGGGUCAGACAAGAAAGUAUUUGGCUCUUUAUCAUGACGCACAGACAUCACCACACCAAGUCCUUAUAUCAUGAGUUAAAUAUUUUCUGGUUGAGCCUACCCUUUCCUUCUUUCUUCAACUUAUCAUCUUUGGGGUCAUACAGCUUUGUAGCAGCCCUGCCUAUACCAUGAAGUACAGUUAUCAAAACUGGACUUUUUAACAAUUUAUUUUGAAAAAUAUAUGAAGUUGUUCUCUUCCAACAGAUCGCUGUUCUACUGAUGGACACUCAGGGUUCAUUUGACAGCUCAUCAACAGUAAAAGACUGUGCAACAAUAUUUGCACUCAGCACAAUGACCAGUUCUAUCCAGGUGUGUUGGUUUUGCUCAUUGAGGAGUGCACAUACCAUAGGCUUGUGAAUGAUGGCAAGUUCAAUUGCAGAAUUAUUGACAUUAUACAGCCAUAUAGCUUUCAGAAAUUUGCUCAUAUCUUUUUUUUUUUUUUUUUUUUUUUAAUUGCCAAGAUCGGCAUAAUCAUUAUGGGGAAUUAGCUUUGAAGAUCUGGAAUUUAUCUAGAUGGAGUUUUUGCUUGUAAAGCAGGUGUUAACUUUUUGAAACUCUGAGAACUUCUCCCUGUAAUAUGAUAUACAAUAAACAGAAUACUCAAACUUAUCAGGUAGAAGUUUGUAUCUUGAUCUACCACCAAGUUCUCAAGUGAUUAUGGUGCAUAUUUAUUUUGUUGUAUAUCCUGCAUGUGUUACAUUCUUUCUGCAUUCUAAUUGACUAUUUUGAUUUCUCUUUACCUGUAGAUUUACAAUUUAACAAAUAAUAUACAAGAAGAUGAUCUUCAACAUCUCCAGGUACAUUUAAAUUUUGUCGUGUGUUUUAAUUUAUGUCUAAAUGUCUGGCUGUUAUGAUGAUCAGUGAGCAAUAAAACUGGAAAUAAGCUGUUGCUUAGACAUUGUACAUAGUGAAUUUUGUGAUCUGUUGAUCAGUUCUGAAACUAUUGCAAAUUGGUUGAACAAUUCCUGAGUAAUACCAAGCAUAAGUCUGAGUCAUUAGAAAUGAUUUCCAUACUAUUCAAGCUAAAGUUAUCAGUAGUGAUUCAAAGUAUUCUCUGUUUUCAAUUUUAGUGAGUUUACACAGGUGUAUGUUCCAAUGUAAUGCAACUUUCCCAAGACUCCAUUUGCGAUUUCUUGUUAUAUCUUUUCAAAUACUUUUUAUAAUAAUUUGAGUUUUGGGUGUGGCUUAUCUGUGAGUGCAGCCCUCGACCAGUGCUUACUGAAAUAACCACAUCAGUGGGUGGGAGGCUCAGGCUAAGUGGUGAUUGUGCUUAAACAAAGGGUGUAGUGGUUAGAAUUGAGGAACUGGCUGGAUUAUCAUGUUGUGUCCAAUAAAGAGCAUUGAGUUUUGUGGGAGAACUGACCAAAUGGAUGGGCAAUAGAUUAACUUUGCAUUUAAGUUCCUUUUUGCAAUUGAAACUGGCAUGAACUCUGGAAGUUAUGUACCACUUGACCUUGAAGACUUCACUUUUUUUUCCCUCAACUGCUUUAGUAGGUAAUAGUUUUGAUAUAAACAGUUCCUCUUGUCCCUCUGAGAAAGCAGAUUUGCAUGAGACAUUUUUUCCUUUACUACCUGUAUUCCUGAGUUUUAUGUUUUUGUUUUUGUGCAGCUUUUUACAGAGUAUGGCAAACUGGCAAUGGAAGAAAGUGAUAUAAAGCCAUUUCAAGUGAGAAAACUGCUUUGAUUUAUUUACCUAAUGCAUGAAUGACCAAUAAAAAUGUUAUGCCUGUGAUUUUAGUGAAUAUUGAUUGUGUCACAAGAAAUUGUGAUAAAAUGUUUUCCCCCUUAAAGAGCCAGUUAAGAAAGAACAAUGGCUUCGAAAUUCAUUGAAAAAAAGCAAGAAUGAUUAAGACCAAUUAUAGGUUGUCUCUUUUCAUCACUAUUGUAUGUAUAUAAUUUAUCAUUAGGAUGUUAGGCACUCCAAAAAUAAUUGUGGAUGACGGUGCUAUCUCUCUCUAAUAAACAUGCUUCAAAUUGGCAAAAUUUUCUUCUUGUCCGAAAGUGCCUGUUCUACACUUAAGUGUUUCAAUAACGUUUUGUCGUGAGUAGCUGCUGAUGUUGUAAUAGGCGGCUGUGCUCGGAAAAAGGGCCAUUAGGCGAAACCCAAACAUGGUCGCUUGCUGGUAGGCUAAAAAGACGGCGGCAAGUGAUCUUACAAAGGGCGGUAGACUGUCAGUAUCCGGGUUUUAUUGAAACCACUGGAAAUCCAAUGAAACAAAUUGACGAUAAUGGAAGAAAAGGGAGAGAAUGUUACAAUUCCCGUUCUUUCAAAGUACAAAUUUUGCUUGAAAUUUAUUAAGUUAGGCCGGUUGACAGAUUCCCCCCUCCCUCCCUCCCCCGCCGUUCCCCCAGUGAACCAUGUGACCUCCCCCAAAAAAGUUAUCCUCCCCUCUCUCCCCUCUCUCCCCUCCCUCAGGAGAUAAACAAUAACUGGUCCCUUUGUUAAAUUUUCAUAUAAGUAGAUCCCUCCUUUUCGGCGAAGUCCGUUGCAGAGUCCAAAAAGUGAGGCACUCGAAAAGCAGGUCGCCUCACUCAUGAAGCUCCCGCGGCACAUCGACAUCAUCUACGAGCUACCCGCAGUGCGCUAAUAUAAUUUUUCCUCCACAGAUUAUUUUUUGACUCGCGCAACGGACUUCGCAGAAAAAGGAGGGACUGCUCGUAGUCUGUCAGGGAGGGGUCGUUGUGCAUUUUUACCCUCAUCUUAUUUUUCAGUACCAAAGGGUUACAUUUCUGAAUUAUCCUAUUUUUCCAGAGACUGAUGUUUCUGGUUCGAGAUUGGAGCUUUCCUUAUGAACAACCUUACGGAGCUGAAGGUGGAAACAAUCUUUUAGAGAAGCGUCUUCUUACGACAGAAAAACAGCAUUCUGAACUGAUUCAAGUGAGGAAGCACAUUAAGUCAUGCUUCAGUGACAUUGGUUGUUUUUUGAUGCCACAUCCUGGCAUGAAAGUGGCCACAAAUCCCACAUUUGAUGGCAGUCUGAGAGGUUGGUACUGGUUAGGAUUACAUUUAGGUACUUAAAAGGAAAACCACGAAGACAUGGUAGAACAAGAGAUCUUAUGGGCAGAACAAUACCUCAGCGCGUGCGUUUAAAAACUUUGUACAUUUCUUAGCCGUCCUCAUCAAAACAAAACUGUGAUUUCACCAAAAUUUGGAUGAUCUGAGAACGGAAACUCCGACGGCAAAUAAUUCAUUUUCCAAUUGGAAACUCAACGCUGCUCACAUACAUUUACGUUAUGCCGAAGUUGAGGUUUGUCGCUUUAAGAGACGGUAAAAAAUUUCGACCAUUCACCAAAUUCAAUUUAGAAAUAGGAAAUAGAGAUUUGUUUUUUAAUCGUCGUGUUCCUUGCCGUCCUAACUGCCGAUGGUCCCUAUUGAACAGUCUUCAUGUAAAUCAAAAGAGACUUCUCUAAAUAUUGGCACCAAUAGAAAUCCAAUUGCUAAAAUUUAACCUCGCAAGAAAUCUGCAUUGAGCGCUUUUCGAUUGAAUGUCAUGAAACCAAAACCAUAAGUUAUCAAAACAGCCGAUUAGAAGAAAGGAAACUACCUUUAGGAACCAACGAGAACUCGAAGGAUAAAAAACAACCAAACUGCCUAAGCGGGCGACCGUGAUUGGUUUUAGUACUGGAUCUGAUUGGUUGAGGGAGAGGCGCGAGGUUGCUGGACCAAUCACAGAGCGAAGUAAAGCAAAAGCCAAGCCCGGAGUACUUUGAUACUUCAUUGAAAUUGCUCUAUAUAUGAUUACCAACCGAACCCGAAAUGCCUAAGUUGAACAACAGUUCUAAACUGAUUAGUCAUAACUGACUUAUGCUGCUCCAAUAACAUCACGUUAAAAUUGGCCAACCAAUUAAUUUCACGAGCCUUACUGACCACGCGGCUGAAAAACAACUCCUCGCUUCACUCUUGGAAAAUAGCCUCUGGGCAGAUGGUCGGAAAGUCAAUAAUUGGCAGAAUUACUCGCACCUGGAUGAUCGGGAAAUUGGGGUCAGGAGGAGAGUUGCUCUAUUAGUCUACCGCACAGUGAUGAGGGGAAUCGUUCGCGUUAUUUUAUUGUUCUGGGAAUUUUUCUACGUCACAAUUGUCUGUGAUGAACCAAAUGUUUUGACUUGUUCUUUAGAAAUUGAAGACGAAUUUAAAGAGCAGUUACGAAAACUGACCCCAUCGGUGCUUUCCUCUGAAAACCUUGUUGUUAAAAGUAUCAAUGGUGGAGAGGUGACAUGCAGAGGGCUGUUGGAGUAUUUUAAGGUUAGGGAAAAUUACAGAAUUGUGUCAUUGGGCCUCUUUUAUGUGAAGCCUUUAAGCUGGCGACCCAUAAGGCGAUUUCAUACGCCGAUCGUCACCGAAAAUCGUGAGUGAAUUUCUCGUAAGCGUUUAUUUCACGCUGCUAAAAAAUUCCCCGAAACGAAGCAUGUAGCCCAGUGAAUUGACGGCAAGAGUAUGUCUAACUGAAAUUCUUGUGUAGUUUUUGCUAUUUAAAUAGCUUGUGUCUUUUGCUUCACUCGCGCGUAACUUGACAAAGUAAUCUGCUUCAUUCAUCUACUGUCAGAACGAAAAUCGCGAGGAAAUCUUUUUAUGACAACGAUUGUAUUGUUUUAAAUUAUUUUUGAUGGUAUAUUUUAUAAACACUAAUAUUUAUUGUAAAAUUCUAAUAUUGUGUAUGUUAACGUUAGUUUUUUGCAACUUUCAUACAGCAUUAAUUGGAUGUAACUUUGAUAUAACAUUCAAAUUAUGAAACUUUUACAUAACACUAAUUUUAUGCAUUUUUUAUUUGAGAUUUAUGUAACUGCGCUCAGGGCUCCUAUGGAUAACAGGUUGCUUUCCAAGCACCUGAAAGAACAACCCUGAGCCUUUAGAUUAAAUAAAGGCGUCUGUCGUCUGUGCUUCUGUCUGCUUCAUUUACCUGCUCUCAGAACGGAAGGGCUAGCACCCGAAGCGUCUGCGAAGAAACUCCUUUACGGUCGCUAAUGAACAUAAUUGACUCAAAAUUAUCUGAUUAUUUCUGUCUGUCUGUUUGUUUCAACAGGCAUAUAUGAAGAUCUUCCAAGGUGAAGAACUACCGCAACCAAAGUCUAUGUUGCUGGUAAGUUUUCUGUCAGUGAAUAGCGAGGUUUUAGCGAGUGACACUGGCACAGAAAAGAGACAUAAAUUCUAUUUGUUUUUUCUUAUUAUUAUUUAUUUUUACUUUUCUUUCAGGCCACAGCUGAAGCGAACAACCUUGCAGCUCUGGCAAUCUCGAAAGACUCUUACUCAAAACAGAUGGAACAUGUGAGUUGAAAUACUUGAAAGAAAAUUCGAUUUAUGCCGUUGACAGUAGGUCGACUCUGCCUUCGUUAGUGUAGUGUUUCUGCAAUCUAAGAGGUAAAACGCAGCGUUUCAAAUGCAGGCGGUGUAUCGUCAAGUUCAGUUACAAUUGUAAACAGAGACAAGGUUGGAUCGGCGAAAAGGGAAAAGCGCAGAUUCCUGGACGUAGGAGAAGAUUGUCUAAUUUUUCAUUUUCAUUUUCCAAGAUUUCAAUAUAUCUUACGUAAUUUCCUUUAUUUCUUCUUCUCAGCUGUGUGGUGGCGACACGCCCUACUUAGCGCCGCAUGAACUCGAAAAGAAACACCAAGAGGUGAUGGAAAACUCGUUGACGAUAUUUCACGGCACUCGGAAGAUGGGAGGUAGUGAAUUUAGCCAGGAGUACGCCGAAAGACUCAGGAAGGAGAUCGAAGAAGCAUUUGGGAACUUUGUUAAACUUAACGACGGCAAAAACAUCUUUAAUGCUGCCCGCACUCCGGCCGUCUUCUUCACGCUAGUGGUUAUGGGAUACUUUUUCUCUAGUGUGUUCGGCUCGAUUGGAUUGGUGGCGUUUGCGCGCAUGUGCAAUCUGGUGAUAUGGUCCGGUCUGUUAGCUAUUAUUGUGUGGUCCUACAUUCGAUUCAGUGGGGAGUUCAGAGAAUAUGGAGCCAAGCUGGAUCACCUGGCAGAAAUUAUUUGGGACGAGGUAAGGCAACAAAAUUAAGAACACCGGAAAUCGAGGAGAAACUGCACGCAUGUUCAGAGUUGUCAACAAGAGUCGGUAGCCGGCCAAAAACGUUGGCCAAUCUGCUUUCUUUAGGUGGCUACUUUCACCUCUUUUUGCUGUUAGUGCAUUGGUGUGAAUGUGUCUUUAGGUUAAAGCAAGUAAUCAAAAAAUGAAGGGGAUGUUGUGGUAUCUAAUGCUAAAUGAAUCCGCUUAGCUGAGUGAAAGACCUGGAUAUGUAGCUUAUGUAAUGAAUCAUAUAGUAAGGGUCGGUUACAUCAACAGUGUGUAGCCGUUGUGUAACAAAAUCGCGCUCUAUGCCAUCUUCAAUUUGCCAAAACAUUUAUGUGAAUAUUUGUUUGUGUGGUCAGUGUCAAGAGAGCCGAAAGCUCAUAGUGGAAGGGCAUUUAUUUAAUUAAAUCAACCCCCUCAAAGAGAAUACCUAGGUUCACUGCUUGCGUAAACCCGCGGUUUGGGUUAGACCUCGUGUAGAUAACCUGCCCUGCCCUUGAAGUUAUAACAUGAAAUUUUCCUUUCUUGGACGUCCCUUGUAAAUUGGUCGAGACGAUUGGUGCUUUAUCGAGACACCUCCCUCUUGCUGACAAGUUUGUCUCAUCUCAUCGCAUGUUUGCGGGAAAAUGUUUAGACAAUGUUGGGAGAAGAAACACAGCAAUAGCUUCUCCUUGCUAAAGGGUUAACCGUUAUUUGUCAUUAUUAUUUACUUUUCAGAUGUUUAUGCCAGCAUACAAUGCUGCAUUUCAACGCGGUGUGCAAGCAGUGAUAAUGUCACAGACACAAUCAUCCAAGAAAACGAAAUGAUUGAAAAAAAAAUCGAUGAUAUAAAAUCGAAUAUUAAAGCAGCUCGACUCACGGGAAGUUCAACUGCUCUUACAGACUAUGCUCUUGCAACUACAAAGAGUAAUUAUUCCCGUAAAAUUAAUUGCGAAUAAGUUAAUCACCAGUUACGUAAAACUUGGAGAUAUUUUGAUUUUUGUCACAAAAUAGACCUUUUGAGCGGUUUCUAGUUGGGUGUUGAAACAUCAACAAAACAAUCUUUUUUCUUUUCAUUAACCCAUGUAAGUGGACUCAAAGUUGAUUUAAUCCGUUUGCGCUCAAGCUGAACUGCGACUAAACUGGGGUGGAGACGUAGUCACAUACUUUGGUUGGUUGGUUUGUUUGUUUAAAUUAACUCAUAAGGUAAUUUUGGCACGCAAUUGAAAACCGCUUGAUAGGGAAAGGGUACAGGAAAUGCCACAAUUUUAUCAGUAACUGUUGCAAAGUUUCUUGACCUCAUUAAUUAGUGACACUUUGCAGUCUGUAUGUCCAGUCCUCAAUUGCUUUUGAACAACUAGCUUUUCCCAGGAUGCCUAUGGUGCUAUGAUAACAGUACGAAUUUUUUUCUUGCCCUCACUGGGAUUUUCCGAUUACUUCUCGGCUCAUUGCGGAACGCAUUCGUAAAAGGUUGCGGCUUACAGGAAUUUCCGAAGCCGUCAUUGGAUAUGGAAAUUGUUUCUGUGAAUUUCCAAAAUCUUUUGCGACAGUACUUUUUUGCUGAUGGAAACUAAAAUUAUUUGAACAGUCAGACUACUUGUAAAUAACGAAAAUUGUUGGUGGAGAAAAAAAAUUAACGUUGACCGUGUCGAGGGAUUUAGAAAUGACAUUUUUGGAGAGGGGUGGUUUCAAACUUGUAUUUAAACCUAGCACUUUUAAGUUUCUAAUAACGCAAUGCAAAAUAAUUUGCUUGACUCAAAUAUGUAUUUACUUCAGAUGGUUAGGAGUCUCAGUGGAAAAUAAAACUCGUUAUGCAACAGCAGCCUUGAUACUUCUCGUUGAGUAACCCAGAACUGGGCUGUACGUGUUUGAAGGACAGUUAGAGCUGUUGGGGCAUCAGUUUGCUAUAUUACCUUUAAGAGUUACAAUAGAAUUAAACCGAAAAAUAACAGAAAUAAAGAAAUUAUUGGUGAUCGAGAUUUCUUAUCCACCCCUGAACACGUGGAACCAACACACUAACACAGCUGUUGCAUGUAACGUAUUUAGUAUGAUGUAUAUAUAUGAUAUGUUUUCUAACCACCGGUCUUUAGGCCGCCUAGUUUGUAAUGAAUAGAAUGCAAUUUGUGGCGUUUCCCGCGCAUGUUACUGCAGCUGAUUCAUCUAUGGAAAAAAUUGGGAAUUGCUUCGCGAACAGAAUGAAAGAUGAAAAGCAGAAUGCGAGCUCCUUAAAUCGAAACUUAUUUCAUUUCAACAGGC